AUGGCUUCAUCAAAUGAGUCUUCUGAGACUCAUAACGAAACACCAGGACCACCCCAGAAACAUAAGCUCCCGCCAUGGCUGGACCACUUCAACGCACACGAUCUCAAAAUCUUCUUACGAUGCUGGAUCGCAAUCUGGGCCAUGAUGCUCCUCAUCUUCAUUCAUCCAGCUCUCACGAAUCUCGGUCAGGCUACUUUCCUUGGGGCAAUCCUGCUCUUCGCCGUCCCACCCACGAGUAUCGUCUUCAUCUACCUCCUUGGUGCAUUGUCGCUUCUUCUAGGCAUGUGUUUAGCCUGGUGCUGGGGUCUUUUGACAAUGAAGGCAGCGCUUGCGGCGAGACCAAACGCUGAAACGCAGGCUUUACUGGGACAAUUGCUGAAACAAGCAGUGCAGAGUGCAGAGCGGACAGGACAGCCGGCAGCUUGGGAGGCACAGAUUUUGAUCCAUGAUGGGUUUAUGCUCGAUGCGAGAGUGACAGCAGUUUUCUUCUCUAUGGGCUGCUUCUUUAUCUACGCGUUGGCACGGUUGCGCUGCACGAAUCCAAAAACAGUCGUGCUGCAGAUAUUUGGUACGAUUGUCACGGACAUAUUCCUCCUCUUUGGUCCUUCCAUCCCGACUUUCAAGGGUGACAUCGCAUCAGUCCUGGUCAAGCCCGGUGCUAUUGGCAUUGGAAUUGGAUUGGUGUGUUGCCUCUUCUUAUUCCCUCACUCGACGUCACACGUGGUGCUUAGCGGUCUCGAAAGGUUGAUCCGCAUGUCAAACAAAGGAAUUGUCGUAACGAGGAGGGGCCUUCAGGGCGAUAGUAGUCCACUUCCUGAACUUCAUGCAAGCAGAACAGGUAUGAUCUCGGCCUUCAAAGCCGGACAGCCAGCCCUCGCAUUUCUUCCUCUUGACUUUUCUCGUGGAUUGUGGGGCGCAGAUGACAUAAAAGGUCUACACGAACGAGUCAGGAGAGUCAUGUAUACUAGCUUGUAUCUUAUCGACUUUCAGAUCGGUCGAGUUCGUGGACGGGAAAAAGAAGAAGAGCACAGAAAGGCUGAAGCUGAAGGUCAUCUCGAUCCAGUGGGCGCGCAGGAGAAAUAUCGGAUCGGCCGUCGACAGAGGCAGGAAACCGUGACACUUCUCAGCGCUUUUGAAAGACCCGAGGCGGCAGAAUUACGUUCCAAGACGAGAAAUACACUGCUGGAGACCACAGCUGAAGUCAUGGAGAUUGGGCAGCAGGCGAUUAAACUUGCUGCUGAUUACGUGCAGGCUGUUAAUUCGUGCCGCUGGUUUGGAAAGACCUCGCCUGAACGCUUCCAAGAGUUGAACAACAGUCUUUACGAUCUUCUAGGUCGAUCGCGAAUAGCCAGAGAAGCAUGUGUUGUCAACACGACCGAGGGAGUUCUCGAAGCCCACGCAGAGGUAUUCGACGCCAAUGGCAAGCUGAAGCCUAUACAGGGAACUGAUAGGCCAUUCCUUCCUAGCAUGGUCAUCGCAAUGGUUGUAGAGGAACGUAUCCUCAGUUGGGCAACUUCCAUCGAAAGACUACUGGAGUACAUUCUUAACCUUUCGGAGAAGCGCACCAGUGGUCGCAUAUGGGUUCCGACUCGGAUACAAUAUGCCGUCUCGUGGCUGUUUCAUGGACAGAUCACGUAUCCUGGCCACGAUAUCGCAGCAGAAGAAGACCCGGACAAACUAAUGGAGGCAGAUACAUUUGACGAGGAAACAAAGGAAGCCAAGCGACGACUUGAGGUUGGCAGAGGUUACAAAGGAUCUUCAGCCAGGCGGAAUAAAUUUAGCAAGAUCCUCAUCGCAACAUACAACUGGCUCGUCAGUCCAGCUGGCAUGUAUGCCUUGAGAAUGGUAGUUGUCACAGUGGCGACAGGAAUCCCAGCUGUCAUCCCAAGCAGCUCGGGCUUUUUCUACCGAGAGAAGGGCAUAUGGGCGGUUAUCAGUGCUCAGACGGUGCUUCUGGUAUAUUUGGCCGAUUUCACGUUUUCCCUUGUUUCACGAACAGUUGGAACCAUUGUUGGAGGUCUCAUCGGUAUGGUGACUUGGUAUAUCGGUGCAGGCAGCGGCAUCGGCAAUCCAUACGGCAUGGCAGCGGCCACAGGUGUUGCAAUUAUUCCUCUUCUUUGGUGGCGCCUCUAUCUUCCGCCGUCAUUCCAAUUUGCUACCAUCAUGGCUGGUGCAACAUUCGCCCUUGUGAUUGGAUUCAGCUGGGAUCAUGAUCACAUCGUGCAGUAUGGUCUGCCAGGCAAAGGCUACGAAGCAUUCUGGAAGCGCGUUGUCACUGUUUUAAUUGGCUUUACGGCAGCGUUCAUUGUACAGCUCUUCCCGAGUCCACCAUCUGGAACGACACACGUAUGCAACACACUUGCGAAUUCGGUGCGCAGCUUAUCAGACCAUUACGCCCUAUUAAUAUCGCAUUGGGGACGCACUGAAAAAAACAGAGCUUUGGCUUCUGUCGCCGAGAACAUCUCUAUUGAAGUCGCAGAAGUUCUACUGGCUCUGAGUCCAUCUAUCGCCUUACUGAAAGGCGAGCUAAGCUUCGGACCAUUUGAUCAACACGUUCUUCAGCGCACCAAGGAACAAUGUCAAUAUAUCAACCAAGCGCUGGGUGGUCUCUUGAACCUCGCAUCGACAUUACCGAAAGAGCUUCAAGACCGUCUCAUCCGCGUUGCAGGGAUCCUAGAUGACCGGUCCAUUGGGGACAUUAUGGCUGUUCUCGCUGUUAUCGAACAGGCAUUACGAACAGGUUCUCCUCUCCCAGAACGUUUACCAGCACCGUUAACGCGACGAGCAAUGGAUCUGGUAGAAUCUCAGAGUGACGAUGUCAUUUUGACCGCAACGCUGGUACAGGAUGAGGAUCAUAGACGCUAUUGUGUGGCUGUGACGUUGUAUCUCAAGUUUUUGGGUAGUAUUGAUGAUUUACUGAUCGUCCUGAAAGAGGCUUUGGGUGAGAGACACAUCAUAUAUCAGUGGGGUGAUGACAAGGACAUCGCAUAA